UUUACAGCUGCUCUUACUGCUUGCUCUGCAGACACAUCCAAGACAUCUAGACUUCCUUGAGUUGCAGGCGUCUGUCUCUAUUGGCUGCUGCUGUUAUCUUGUUUUUCAGCCUCAUGUCUUUCCUGUAGUUACUUGUCAGAGCUCACAUUUGUUUGGGUGCUUUACUGUAUGAAACUGUAUGAGCUUAAUCCCAGGAGAAUAAGUAUUUCUUCGCAUUUUGGACAUGGAGACAAUGAAAUCUUGAGGGUGUUUGUAGUCAGAGGGUCAGACUUUUUCCACGUUCCCGAUGCUGGCUCUGUCCAGGCGUCCGACAGCUUUGAGGUGGAGACUGUCCCUGUGCUGCUCUGCCCUCUCUCUGGGGAGCGCUACCAUGAGCAGCCAGCCCUCCACCACAGCCAGGCCCCACUUUCUAAGAACCCAGACAGCUCUGUUUCACCAAAGUAAAGCCAAAGCCAGUCCUGACCCAAACAAGCCCGCUUCAGUGUUGUCCUCUGUUUCUGGGCUGGAGGGGGAGCUGUUCGGGAUGGGGAUGUGGUCGUUGGGGCUUGGGGCUGUCGGAGCUGCGCUCGCUGGGAUCUUGCUGGCCAACACAGAUCUGUGUCUGUCAAAAGGUGCACAGGCAUCGCUGGAGAACAUUGAAGCGGCUGACCUGCGCUCCACCAUAGAUGAGGACAACGUCAUCAAAGCAAAGAGCCUGUGGGACAAGAACGGGGCUGUGGUCAUAGCCGUACGACGACCUGGAUGAUUUUUGUGCAGAGAGGAGGCCUCUGAGCUGUCCUCUCUGAAGCCCCAGCUGGAAGAGCUCGGGGUCCCUCUGGUCGCUGUCGUGAAGGAGAACGUCGGCACAGAGAUCCAGGACUUCAGACUGCACUUCGCUGGGGACAUCUACAUAGAUGAACAGAAAAGCUUCUACGGCCCACUGCAGAGGAAGAUGGGUGGUCUGGGGUUCAUUCGCCUCGGGGUGUGGCAGAACUUCAUGCGGGCCUGGAGGUCCGGUUACCAGGGCAACAUGCACGGCGAGGGCUUCAUCCUGGGGGGAGUGUUUGUCAUCGGAGCAGGAGACCAGGGGAUUCUCCUGGAACACCGUGAGAAGGAGUUUGGCAAUAAAGUAGAGAUUGCAGAUGUUUUAGAGGCUGUUAAGAAAAUUGUGGCAGGUAAAUAAUAUAUAUACAUGUUUUGCUAAAUCAAAUGGCAUUUAACAAAGGUACACUGUAUUUAGAUCAAAACUAGAAUUACACUACAAUUAAACAUUGAUAUUAUGAUGACUGACUAUGAAGUCUGUUUGCGUUGUCUAAUAUACCUCUGUGUUUUGCACAUUAAUUUACCGUUGGUUACGAAAGUGGAUCUGUGAAAUGCAGGACGGAGCCAAUAUUAUCAGAGGAUCACUGAUUAUUCCUGUUUAAGACUAGAAGAAGUUAGGGUUUUUGAGACGGGUAUUAAAAACGGGUAAUUAAAGGCAGCACUUUCAUUUCAGGUACAUCAACCAUUACAUUUAAAGCCACUUGAAAGCGGCCUUUUAGAGAACCACAUGAAUCAAUCUAAAGUCUCUAUUACACAUCUGAUGAAUUAUUCUAUUAGCUGUCUGUUAUGUGUUAUCUUAGUUUUCUUUUCUCCUAGUCAGGCACCUCAAUGGGCCUCCAACAUGGCGGACGAGUGUGUGUGCAGCCUGUGUGUGUGAUAAUGACAACUUGAAUCCAAACUCAACAUUGAGAGGAGCAGGUUUGAUGCUCAAACACGUACAGGCUUAGCCACUGUCGCCAUGUUGAGUGUUUGUAGGUGAAAAUAAAAGUAAAAAAUAAAGAACCUCAUCACCAUCA